AUGGGAGACUGGUCCAUAUUGGGCCGCUUUCUAACGGAGGUGCAGAACCACUCCACAGUGAUCGGCAAGAUCUGGCUGACAGUGCUGCUGAUCUUCCGCAUCCUCCUGGUGGCGCUGGUGGGUGAUGCUGUGUACAGUGAUGAGCAGUCCAAGUUCACCUGCAACACGCUGCAGCCUGGCUGCAACAACGUGUGCUAUGACACCUUCGCACCCGUCUCGCACCUGCGCUUUUGGGUAUUCCAGAUUGUCCUGGUCUCCACACCCUCCAUCUUCUACAUCGUCUAUGUGCUGCACAAGAUCGCCAAGGAUGAGAAGCAGGAGAUGGAGAGAGCGCAGGCCAGCCACCAUGUCGGCCGGGCUGGCGAGGGCGGGGAGGAGGACCUGGAGGCGGGCCUCCCCCUCGAGGAGACGUGGACCCCCCAUGACAGGGAGUGUGCGGAGCAGAGCCUCCUGGAGGGCAGUGCGAUGGAGGUCCGCAAGGACCCCACCCUGCUCUCCAGCCAGGUGCUGCUCAUCUACAUCGUCCACGUGGUGCUGCGUACCAUCAUGGAGAUCACCUUCCUGGUGGGGCAGUACUACCUUUUCGGCUUUGAGGUGCCGCACCUAUUCCGCUGUGAGACUUAUCCCUGCCCGACACGGACCGAUUGCUUUGUGUCCCGUGCCACGGAGAAGUCCAUCUUCCUCAAUUUCAUGUUCGGCAUCAGCCUCGGCUGCUUCAUCCUGAAUGUGGUGGAGCUGCACUACCUGGGCUGGGUCUACACCUUCCGCGUGCUCUGCUCCGUCUGCUCCACCUGCUGCCGCCCGGGGCGGGGCCCUGCAGAACACGUGGGGCGCUACGCCGACCACAACCCCCUCCUGCUACAACUCAAGCACUCCCUGAGGGGGCGGCUGGUCCUACAGACUGCCCAGCCCCUGUCCCAGGCCCACCAUGCCCCCGCCAUCUCCUUCCAGACUGACUCCACUGUGGAGUGCACCUCCAAGAGGAGCCCCAUGGAUGACAAGGAGCGCACCAGAGUGAAAAUGGCUGCCCUGGCCAGGCUGGGCCGCGGGAAGAAGUCCUGGCUGUGA